CCUCCUCCUCUCUUGGGCGGAGGUCUCGCUCUGAUUCAGAAAAACUUCUGUCAGAAAACUUUGUCUCUCUCGGUUUUUCAUCAUCAUCAUCACCAUGUCCGGCGUCGCGUCCACUCUGGCGAAGAAGCGGGCCAUGGCCGCGGGCUUCGGCACCAACGCCAAAGCGGUCCGGUACCUGAACCAGGACUUCGCGGCUCUGCGGGCUCAGUGUCUCUCCGCAGGAAGACUCUUCAGCGACCCGGCCUUCCCCGCCUCGCCUGAGGCUCUGGGCUUCAAAGAGCUGGGCCGCAGCUCCUCCAAGACCCGGGGAGUCACCUGGAAAAGACCCACGGAACUGGUCUCCAACCCUGAGUUCAUCGUGGGCGGAGCCACCAGGACUGACAUCUGUCAGGGAGCUUUGGGUGACUGCUGGUUGUUGGCGGCCAUCGCUUCUCUGACCCUGAAUGAGUACGUGAUGGCCCGGGUCGUUCCCAUGGACCAGGGCUUUGGAGACAACUACGCUGGAAUAUUCCACUUCCAGUUCUGGCAGUUCGGGGAGUGGGUGGACGUGGUGAUCGACGACCUUCUUCCCGCCAAAGAUGGCGAGCUGUUGUUUGUCCACUCAGCAGAAGGGAAGGAGUUCUGGACCGCUCUGCUGGAGAAGGCCUAUGCCAAGGUCAACGGCUGCUACGAGGCCUUGUCUGGCGGUUCCACCACCGAGGGCUUUGAGGAUUUCACUGGAGGCAUCGCUGAGAACUAUGACCUCAGGAAACCUCCAUCCAACCUGUUCCACAUCAUCAAGAAAGCCCUGGAGGCCGGAGCGCUGCUGGGCUGCUCCAUCGACAUCACUAGCGCCGCAGACUCUGAAGCUGUUACUCGUCAGAAGCUGGUGAAAGGCCACGCCUACUCGUUGACCGGUGCUGUGGAGGUGAACUUCCGUGGUCGGCAGGAGAAGCUGGUGAGGGUGAGGAACCCGUGGGGUCAGGUGGAGUGGACCGGAGCGUGGAGUGAUGGAUCGUCUGAGUGGAACUACGUGCAGGGAGACUGUCCACACGCCAAUGCUGAGGACGGAGAGUUCUGGAUGUCCUUCAACGAAUUCUUGCGUCACUACUCUCGUGUCGAGGUGUGCACGCUGACGCCCGACGCCAUCGAUGAUGACUCGGUCAAACACUGGAGCGUCAGUAAGUUCGACGGCACCUGGAGGCGGGGCUCCACGGCCGGUGGCUGCAGGAACCACCCAUACACGUUCUGGAUGAAUCCUCAGUUUGUGAUCAGGCUGAAUGAGGAGGACGAUGACCCUGAAGAUGGAGAGGUGGGCUGUUCCUUUGUGGUUGGUCUGAUCCAGAAGAACCGCAGGAAGCUGAGGAAGCAGGGAGAGGACAUGCACACGGUCGGGUUCGCCAUCUACGAGGUUCCAGAACAGUUCCACGGGCAGAGGGAGGUUCACCUGGAUAAGAACUACUUCCUGACCCACGCUCAGACAGCAAAGUCAGAAACCUUCAUUAACCUGCGUGAGGUCAGCACUCGCUUCAAGCUGCCGCCUGGAGAAUAUCUCGUCGUCCCCUCGACCUUUGAACCCAACCUCAACGGAGACUUCUGCAUCCGAGUCUUCUCUGAGAAGCAGAUGGACACGCAACCCUGUGAUGACCCGGUGGAGGCGGAGCUCGAGGACGAAACAGUUUCUGAUGAGGACGUGGACGCAGGAUUCCGAGGUCUCUUCAGCAAACUCGCUGGAAACGACAUGGAGAUCUCUGCAGUGGAGCUGAGAAGCAUCAUGAACAAGAUUGUCGCUAAGCGAACUGACAUCAAAACUGACGGCUUCAGUAUGGAGACCUGCAGAGUCAUGGUCAACCUAAUGGACGGCAGUGGAAACGGGAAGCUAGGCCUUGGAGAGUUUGCCACACUGUGGAAGAAGGUUCAGAGAUACCUGUCCAUCUACAAGAAGAACGACACUGACGAAUCUGGGACCAUGAGCACACCAGAGAUGAGAGUGGCCUUCAAAGACGCAGGUUUCACUCUCAAUAACGCCAUCUAUCAGCUGCUGGUGGCGCGGUACUCUGACCCCGACAUGACCAUCGACUUUGACAACUUUGUGGGAUGUUUGAUGAGACUGGAGAUGAUGUUCAAAGUCUUCAGGAAACUGGACACUAACAGCAGUGGAUCCAUCGAGCUCAACUUCAACCAGUGGUUAAACUUCUCCAUGAUCUGAACCAGGACUCUCCUGAUCAGGAACAGGACUCUCCUGAUCUGAACCAGGACUCUCCUGAUCUGAACCAGGACUCUCCUGAGGAUCUUUUAUAUCCGCUCGUGUUCACACAUCUAUAAUCUAUAAUCUACAAUCUUAACACUGUUUACUCAAUAAAGUCAUAAACAACAA